AUGUCCACCUUAAUGACUGCGUCAAGGCGAAAUCGCAUGUCAUGGGCAGCUGAAUCUGAAAAACCCAAAUCCAAAUUUGGAAAGGAUAGUCAACAAGAUUCAAUGGCAUCUUAUACGACAAUGACGCAAGGAAAGGAAAAUCACAUACUUUUACACGUUGUACCUGUUAAAAUGUUAACGAAGGAUGGAAACUCGGUCACGACAUAUGGACUACUUAACAAUGCAAGCCGUGGAACUAUUGUUGAUGCGGAAUUGGCAGAGAAACUGAACGUGAAAGGAACUAAACAGUCAAUGGCCGUUACAACAGUGCUUGGAACACAGGAAUGCGAAUUUGAAUCAGUGUUCCUUUUGCUUCAGGCUGCAGAAGCCGCAGAUUCUGACCCAAUAUUGGAAGUGAGCGAAGGACUAGUGAAGGAGCUUGAUAUGAAUAAAAGAAUUCCCCCAAAUGAGCAUUUGGAUAUUCUCCAAAGAAGCACAAAACUUGUAGACGGACAUUAUGAAACUGAAUUAUUGUGGAAGGACGAUUGUGCUCAAUUGCCCAAUAAAAGAAUGGGGCAGAGAAAUGGCUGA